AUGACAAUCACCCAAAAAGAUAUCCGUUCUUCGUUUACAAAAAUUCGAUCCUACUUAGACCAGUUGCUGGCUAACAUAGAGGAAAGGCAGCGGCUCAUCGACGUCCUCAAGCUCACGCCGUCGCUGGACGAUAACUUGGACUUGAUCAAUCUCCUCGCUAAGAUAAAGAAGAGCUUCCAAUAUCUACAUCUGGACAUUUCUGCCGGCCAUAUCGACGCUUUUGCAGACCAGUUCUCUACACUAAUAGAUUCCUACAAGAGUUCGCUUGAUGUCUUAUCCAAAGAUGGUUACAUUGAUGCGCAUGAGUAUGAAUACACUGACAAAAUCGUCAAGCCCGAGGCUCCCGAAUUGAACACGAAGAAACUGGUUCGUUUUAAAGAUUACGAUGCUGACGAGGAGGACAAUAUGAGGUCGCAGUUAAUGGGCACAUCAACUACUAUCAAGCCUUAUAGAGAUGACCCCGACCAGCAGCUGGACUCGGAUGCCCUCUCAUUGCAAUCUGUAGACACUUCCAACAGAGAAAUGUUUGCGCAACACCAGCAGCAGCUCUUGGAGCAGGACCAGCACUUGGAUGCGUUGCAUGACUCGAUCCGAACCCAGCACCUGAUGGGCCGUAACAUUAAUCUGGAAUUGGACGAGCAUCUCAUAUUGCUUAAUGACUUGGAAAGAGGAGUCGACGACUCGGGCAGUCGUCUAGGGCGGGCCAGUGGGCGGCUCAAGGACUUCCGCACCAAAGUGAGCGAGAAUGGUAGUCUCGUCACGAUAAUUGUGCUCUCUGUGAUCUUAAUACUCUUGUUGGUUGUGCUUAGCUGA